AUGAACUCGACGGAAAGCCUGGACGUCAACAGAUCUACACCGAUAUACACCAUCGGGACGAGUUUUAUUACACAGUGGAAACUGCUAAAACUGAAGCAACGUACAUGCCUCCCGACCGACAGUCCCAGCGAGUGCCAGAACAUCUACCUUUUCAACGGGUCAAACUACUCCGACGUAUACUACUAUAACAACUCCACGGAUAGCAACGGACUGGAACCAAUACUCCCACCAUUCCCGCUGUGGCUGGCCGCGAUCUUCGCCACGUGCCUUCUGCUGGUCAUCCUUCUGACAGUCAGCGGCAAUGUUCUUGUGCUCAUGGCGUUCCUCGUCGAUCGGACUAUACGGCAGCCAAGCAACUACUUUAUUGCUUCACUUGCGGCCACAGACCUACUUAUAGGUACAAUAUCCAUGCCAUUUUACACAGAUUACGUUUUGAAAGGCUACUGGCAUCUCGGCCCUCUCUUGUGCGAUCUCUGGCUCUCCGUCGACUACACCGUUUGUCUAGUAUCACAAUACACCGUGCUCCUUAUUACUGUGGAUAGAUUCUGCAGCGUUAAAAUAGCAGCUCGAUAUAGAGCAUGGCGGACUAAGAACCGAGUUAUUUGGAUGGUGACUGUCACCUGGAUCAUACCAGCCUUACUGUUCUUUACAACAAUUUUUGGAUGGGAACACUUCAUCGGCUACAGGGAUUUGCAAGAGGGAAUAUUUAAGACUGCUUAUGAUAUGCAAAAGAAAAGUGAGGCGAAACAAAGAAAGAUGCAAUCCAUGGUGGCUUUGAGUGCGGGUGUCAUGUCUGGAAUGGCUGGACGGGCUGCAGGUAUGGCAGCACUUUCUAAAGCCACAAUUUCUAGUGAGGAUCAAAUGAAGGCAUCCGAAUCUGUAAGAAAAGAUUCAACAUCUAAGGGCUCAUUAGCAGCACCUUUGCUAACGCUUGGAGGGUCAACUGAUUCUAAUUCUAGCCAAAAAUCAUCAGCUCAUAAAAGCAGCGCCACUGUUACUGCCACAUCAACAACUGCUGAAUCAGAUGGAGAUAAGAAAGAAGAUCAAGUUGAAGCGGAAAGAUCUAGUAGUCCCGCUUUUGACUCUGACGAUGAAAGCACUACUCAAACCAAUGUCAAAAAGCGGCCGUCGGUAGCUAACCUCGUGAUGCAAACUGGAGCGCUUCAACUGCUCAAUAAUAUGCGCAUGAAUGGAGGUAUGUUAAUCAAACCAGAUAUGAAACAAACCUCUGUAACAAAACAGGAACUUGAUAAACCUAAGUCUUCUCUGUCACAAAUAUCCGAAAAAAGUUUACUCGACACUGAUAACCCUGACACGUCUCAGACAGGACCAGCUGUGCAAGCGCCAACAGUGCCUCCGUCAAAUACCAGUGUCACCUCUCCGACUUCUUCAGGUAUAGCUACGCCAUCUGAACAACGAGAAGUAUCGACUACUAUUGCUCAAAGAAUUAUACCUCCACCUACUGAGUUCAGGUGUAGCCCUCCCGUAUCCGAAAGCCCUCCGUCUUAUUCCGAAUCCUCUCGAACAAGAACUGUUAGAGUAGUAAAAGAUGGCAAUACUUAUGACGUAUUGGUUGGAAUGGAUGGUGCUGAUUUGAGGUAUAUGGACGAAAGUUCAGUCAUCGUUCCUACACCGACUAACGAAAGUCCUCCCUCUUCUGUGACGUUUCCAACCGCAACUGAGCCUUCAUCUCCGCCAACUUUGAAUAAUGCAACCAAUGUCACUAAUACUUCCCUUUUACAAGCGGCUCUUAUUAGAGCUACAGCGGAGGCCAAAGCACCAGCGCCUAAAUCGAGCUUCUCACCGCCACCACCAAUAAAAGUUAACACAGAAGUUAGUUUGACGACGGGGGAGCGACCCAAACCGGUGAUAACUUUAGUGUCAACGUCUUCCAGUAAUAACGAGCAGCAGUCACCGAAGCGGCCUGAAAUUAUCUCGCCAUUGAAACUAAACCCUUGCAUUAUGCCAGCUGUCGAAAACAGCGAAGCGUCUAGCCCCGCCGUUACUGGGUCAGGCCGUGGUGACUCGAAGAAGUUUGUUAAAAACAUUGGAAAGAAACUAAAAGUUAAACGUUCGAAGCGCGACGGCCUGUUUCCAAGCAUCGGGCGGCAGAAGUCCAAGUCGGAAAAUAGGGCGAGGAAGGCGUUUAGGACUAUUUCGUUUAUUCUCGGCGCGUUCGUGGUAUGUUGGACGCCUUAUCACAUUUUAGCUUUAGUGGAAGGUUUCUGCACGGAUCCGCCCUGUACGAACAAGCAUUUAUACAUGUUCACGUACUUUUUAUGCUACGCUAAUAGUCCUAUUAACCCUUUCUGCUACGCCUUGGCUAACCAGCAAUUCAAAAAGACCUUCACGAGACUCCUCCGGGGCGACUUCCACAUUACCUAGUCCAUGUAUGUGGGGCAUAAGGCGUGAAUUUACCAACCCCCGGCUACUCGCGCACAAUUUUAAAUGACUAUUCAAAUGUUGUUUAUGAUAAGACAAUACUGUAUUUUAAAUCCAGUAAGAAUGCUUUCAGUGUAUAGAAUGAAAUGUGUAGAAAGUGUAUUUAAAAUGUAGGCUUUUUAAAAGCCUAACCACUGAUAUUAGCGUUGUAAAUAAU